CGAGCCGGGAGCCGGGCCGGGCCGGGCCGGGCGGGGCCGCACCGCGGAGCAUCUCGGAGCAUCUCGGGGCCGGCGCGCCGCGGAGCACCCGGGGCCGAGCUGGGAGCAGCUCGGAGCAGCUCGGGGCAUCUCGGAGCGCCGCGCGGCAUCUCGGAGCGUCUCGGAGCCGAGCCGGGAGCAUUUCCGAGCAUCUCGGGGCCGGAGCAUCUCGGAGCCCAGAGGGGCCGGAGCGUCUGGGAGCGUCUGGGAGCGUCGCGCAGCCCCAGCCCCGCCGCGGGGACGCGCGCACCGGCCCGGCCGCCCUGGAGCCCGGCGCGCGGUCGGGGGCGCAGGCGGCGCGGAGCGGCGGGACCAGAUCACGGCUUUACCUGGAGACAGAGCUCGGUGUCCACCGAGACUGGACGGGCCUUCCUGUUGCUCCUGGCAAUUAAAGAUGCCGUUGCCGUGGCGACCGUGGCUGCUGCUCCCCCUCGUCUGCUGCCUGGGAGGUGACCCACGCUUCCAAGGCCCCGUGUUCACCCAGGAGCCUGGCGACACCGUGUUCCCCGUGGGCACAGAGGGCAGGGCGGUCACCCUGAGCUGUGAAGCCAGAGGCAGCCCCUCCCCGCGUUACAGGUGGCAGUUGAACGGCACCGACGUGGACCUCAGCCAGCGGCACCGCUACCAGCUGCUUGGAGGGAACCUGGUGGUCCUGGGUCCUGACCGGCACCGGGACGCAGGGAGCUACCAGUGCUUCGCGACCAACUCGCUCGGGACGGUGGUCAGCAGGGAGGCCAGACUCCAGUUCGCCUACCUGGAGGCGUUCCCCAGCAAGCCGCGGGGCGCGGUGUCCGUCCGGGCGGGCCAGGGCGUGGUGCUGCUGUGCGGACCCCCGCCGCACUCCGGAGAGCUGUCCUACGCCUGGAUCUUCAACGAGUACCCAGUGUUCGUGCAGGAGGACAGGCGGAGGUUCGUCUCCCAGGAGACCGGCCACCUGUACAUCGCCAAGGUGGAGCCGUGGGACGUGGGCAGCUACACGUGUGUGGUGACCAGCGUGGUGACCGGCGGCCGGGUGCUGGGCCCGCCCACGCCCCUGGUGCUCCGUGCUGACGGCGUGAUGGGGGAGUACGAGCCCAAGAUCGAGGUGCAGUUCCCGGAGACGCUGCCGGCGGCCAAGGGCACCACCGUGAGGCUGGAGUGCUUCGCCCUCGGGAACCCCGUUCCCCAGAUAAGCUGGAGGCGCGGGGACGGGCUCCCCUUCCCCAGCAAGGCCCGGCUGCACAAGUUCAACGGGGUCCUGGAGAUCCCCAGCUUCCAGCAGGAGGACGCGGGCGCCUACGAGUGCCUGGCCGAGAACGGGCGGGGCCGCAACGUGGCGCGCGGGCGCCUCACUUACCACGCCCAGCCGCACUGGGUGCAGCCCAUCCGGGACGUGGAGGCGGCCGUGGAGGACAGUCUGCGCUGGGAGUGCCGGGCCAGCGGGAAGCCGCGGCCCUCGUACCGCUGGUGGAAGGACGGAGCGGCCCUGGCGCUGCAGGAGAGGGUCCAGGUGGAGGACGGCGCCCUUACCAUCUCCAGCCUGCGCGUGGCCGACUCGGGCAUGUUCCAGUGCAUCGCGGAGAACAAGCACGGCCGCGUGUACGCCAGCGCACAGCUGCGCGUCCUGGCCUCUGCGCCCAGUUUCGCCCAGACGCCCAUGAAGCAGCUGCUGCAGGUGCACGAGGGCAGCGAGGUCACUGUGUCCUGCCAGCCGGGGGCCGCCCCUCGGCCCCGCAUCUCCUGGAAGAAGGGGCCCCACAGCCUGCGGGAGGGCCACAGAGUCCGGUUCCUCGAGGACGGAGCACUCAGGAUCGCCAACGUGACCCGGGCGGACGCCGGCGCCUACACCUGCACGGCAGAAAACCAGUUUGGGAAGGCGAACGGCACGACCCGGCUGGUGGUCACCGAACCAACGCGCAUGACGGUGGCGCCCGCCAGCCUGGACGUGUCGGUGGGCGAGAGCCUGGUCCUGCCCUGCCAGGUCCGGCACGACCCCCAGCUGCACCCCGCCUUCUCCUGGUACUUCGACGGGGAGCCCGCCGGCUUCCAGAAGGACUCGGCGCACCUGGAGAGAGUGGGUGGGAGCUCAUCAGGUGAUCUGCUGAUCAGGAAUGCUCAGCUGAGACACAGCGGCCGGUACACGUGUGUGGUGCAGACGGAGGUGGACAGCGUCUCGUCCACUGCUGACCUCAUAGUGAGAGGCUCCCCGGGCCCCCCACAAAGUGUGACGGUCGAUGAGAUCACUGACACCACGGCACAGCUCUCUUGGAAGGAAGGCGCAGACAACCACAGCCCCGUCCUGUCGUAUGCAGUGCAGGCACGCACGCCCUUCUCUGUGGGCUGGCAAGCCGCCACCACGGUGCCCAGGCUCAUCGACGGGGACACACACACAGCCACUGUGGUCGAGUUAAACCCGUGGGUGGAGUACGAGUUCCGGGUGGUAGCCAGUAACAAACUCGGAGGCGGAGAGCCCAGUUCACCCUCAGAAAAAGUAAGGACUGAAGAGGCAGCUCCGGAAGUGCCUCCUUCUGAAGUCAAGGGAGGCGGCGGGAGCCGGUCAGAGCUGGUGAUAACCUGGGACCCCAUCCCCGAGGAGCUGCAGAACGGGGAAGGCUUUGGCUAUGUCGUGGCUUUCCGCCCCCUGGGUGUCUCCACCUGGAUCCAGACCGUGGUCACCAAUCCUGACACCCCACGCUAUGUCUUCAGGAACGAGAGCAUCCUGCCCUUCUCGCUGUACGAGGUGAAAGUGGGUGUUUACAAUCACAGAGGGGAAGGCCCUUUCAGCUCCGUGGUGACCGUUUUCUCUGCAGAAGAAGAGCCCUCAGCACCUCCAAGCCGAGUGUCUGCCCACAGCCUGUCCUCCUCGGAAAUCCAGGUGACCUGGAGCGCAGCCCCCUGGAAGGCGAGCAACGGACGUCUCCUGGGCUACGAGGUGCGGUACUGGAGCCCCGGGGACGAGGCUGCCGCCCGCCAUGUCACGGUGGCCGGGAACGGGACCUCGGCCACGCUGCGGGGCCUGAAGAGCCGCACGCCCCACCUCGCCGCAGUCCGCGCCUACAACAGCGCCGGGCCCGGGCCCUUCAGCACCGCGGCCAACGCCACCACCAGGAAGGCCCCCCCCAGCCAGCCCCCUGGGAACGUGGUCUGGAAUAGCACCGGCUCCUCCGUCCUGCUGAGCUGGGAGUGUGUGCGAGCGGCAGAGAACGAGUCGGAGGUGACGGGCUACAAGGUGCUCUACAGGGCGAGCGGCCAGACCACGGCACGGGUGCUCAGCACCAACCAGACCUCGGCGGAGCUGCAGCUGCCCACGGUGGGGGAUUACAUCAUCCAGGUCAAGGCCACGACCGCCGGCGGGGACGGUGCCAGCAGUGAGCAGAUCCGGGUCCCAGGACUCAGCCGUCCCGCCGUGCGCGGCUCCGCACCGGCCCGCCGCGUCCCGCUGCUGCUCUGCUUCCUGCUGGGCGGCGCCGUGCUCUAGCGGCCGUCGGGGGCAGGAGCCGCUGCCCCGCCGGACACGCAGAGAUGGUGCAUGCUUCCCAGCUGUGUCCGGGACUGUCCGUCUGGGUAACGUGGAGACGGUUGGAAGGACAGCGGGUCCGUGUAGGGACUCUGAGAUGCCUUAAUACUUACUGAUAAACCAAAGGAAUUUACAUGUGACAAAACUCAGACUUUCAUAGGUUCUUUGGCUAUACUGCCAAGAGGUCAAGAUUUACACGCUCCCCGACAGACACAUACGUGCACAUACGUGCAGACCACACCUGAAUACCAUGAACGUGCACUAAGGCAGUGCACACAUACAGGAACACGUGCCACACAUGUACAACCCCACACCUGUGCAUCCAUACCAACACAUCCACACACAGAUACGACACAUACAUCGUUGAAGGUUUUUGUUUAAUUUAGAAAGACUCGUUCAUCCAAACGCUAUCCCACAUUCCAGUAGCAUUGACUGGAAGCCGUCACCCGCAUUGCUCUGAGACGCCGUUUGAAACGCCCAAGGGUGCAGAGCGCUCUGGGAGCCUGCCCGCGGCCCUGUGUUCCGGGAGGGCCUGGCAGCUGCGGCGGGCCGAGUGCGGGAAGCCCUGGGGUGUGAAUGCCGCGGAGCCCCUGCUCUCUCUCGUCUGUGAGCUCGGGACGGGCUCUGUCCUCUGCCUCCCUGCCUCGGCUCUGUCCUGUGGGACGUCGGGUCCCCUCCACGCGGAGGCCACUCCCAGGGCUCUGGGCGGACAGCGCGGCAAGAGUCCAUCUUUCGGAACAUUCCUGAAGGUGGAGAGGCGAAAGGCCUCUGGUCUUCUCAAGCUGUGGAGCAACUGGGGAGGAGCCCCCUGGACCUCAAGCCCCACUGGACCCGUUUGCACAGCCCUGCCCGCCUGUUGCCUCUCUGGACCCUCCUUCCCGUGCCACGGAGUUGCACUGUGGGACACACGGACCCCGCUGAGGGGCCACAACAGGCUUCCCACGCAGGUCACUGCCCGUGCCUGAACCCCGCCCCCACAGAGCCCCCCUCCCGCUGUCCUGCCCCGCCCCAGCUUUGAUCUCAGGGACCCGUCUCUGCCUGGUUCUCAGGGCGCUGGCACGCAUGCCCUCCUAGCAAUAUGUAAAGACGGCAGGGAGCUGGCAGAGAGGGGCGGGCGCCCCUCCCCUCACGUCCCAGACCUGCCUCACACGGACGCCAGAAGCCCGAACCAACAGGGGGAUCGCAGGGAGGACGAAGAGAGAGAAGCACUCGGCUGCCCCACCAGGCUUUACUCCACACUUAGAUUCAUUUCAGACAAACUCCACACGCGAGGGAGAGUUCCUGGCCUCUGCCUGCAAGCUUCUCUGUAAAUACUGUACAUACCUGGAGAGACCUGUGCCCCGGAGCCUCCAACACGCUCGCGCGGGGUCCCUGUGCACCACGUGGUACCUUUGAUUCAGUGAUUCCCACCCGAGGUUCCUGUCCCCAUCGUCAAGGGUCAUUGACUCCUGAUUGUAGCCAUGUAUCUCCAUGAGAUCCGUCCGAUGUUUCAUAUUGAAAAGUGCAAAGUGUAUCUUUAAGCUGCUACGUGUGUAUCCUAUGGUUAUCUGUCUGGAUUAUUUUCAAUACUAAUAAAACGCAGAGCACUGCUGCGUCUGGGCCUGCGUCCCAGAGG